AUGCGCAGUUUGCAAAAAAAUCUGUCUAUACUACGAGAUUUAUUAGGUUUAAUUAAAGAAAUUCCUGACAUCAUAGCUAUUUCAGAAACCAAGUUAAAUGAAAAUAAUACAUAUAAUAUCAGUUUGCCCGGCUACGAAUUUAUACACACCAACUCGAAAACGUCUGCUGGAGGUGUAGGGUUCUAUAUUGCAAACGGCAUAAACUAUGUCCCAAGGCACGAUUUAGAAAUAUCGAUAGAGGGAGUCGAGUCCAGUAUGUUUGAAAUUAUACGCAAACGACAGAAGAAUAUUAUUCUAGGAUGUAUUUAUCGACAUCCAUCUAACGACCGUACUCAAUUUCAUGACACGUUAGAGGCGACUUUGACGGAGCUAAAUGGAAAGGGAUAUGAAGUGUUUUUACUUGGUGAUAUAAACAUAAAUUUUCUUAAGUACAAUGUCGAUGCAUCGACAUCUGAAUAUCUUGAUAUGCUAUUUGGCAAAG